AUGUCUGUUAGAAAUACCCUUGCCAAGUACACUCCUUGUGACGUUUCAGACGCCUUGGCGGCGUUUGGCCUUAAGAAUGGCGGGUUCAUUCCAAACCUCGUGCAAAGAAGCCCAAUUGGCAAUAAGCCUAACGCUGGAGCUUCCACGGCAGUGGGUCCAGCUUAUACUGUGCUUUACGCUCCCAAACUGGACCCACGUCCUGCUGUGAAGCAGUCGUACAUUGACGAAAUCCCAAAGAACAGUAUGCUUGUGAUGGCUGUCAGCGAGGAGCUCCAGCAGACGGGAGCACCUUACGUCAAGGUGAACAACGCCUUGUACGGUGGAUUGAUGUCUACUAGAGCUAACUAUAGAGAAGCGGCCGGUUCCGUGAUUCUUGGACGUGUGCGUGAUUUGGCUGAACAUAACGAUCUCAAGUAUCCAGUGUGGUCUUACGGCGUGGGUACGACUGCUGGCCAGCCAGUGGUGAAGGUUGUGGGCAUCAAUGUGCCCGUUUCGGUGAAAGUCGCUGGCAUUGACGGCGGCGAAGAGACAAUUCGUGUUUUGCCUAAUGAUAUCGUCGUGGCUGACGAGAAUGGCAUUGUUAGAAUCCCCAUUGACCACCAGGAAGGCCCAGAGGCCGAUAUCAGCUUGGAUAAGGUGUUGGAGUACAUUCCCAAGAGAGUCGACGCCGACACCCACGUGAGCGAAGACAUUAAGAACGGUAAGCCAGCUGCCGAGAGCCAGAAGUUCUGGCGUGGAAAGAUUUAA